AUGCAACUUCCGGCAGGGCUCGAACAUCAAGCAAUCGGGUAUACUCGGUCCGCGAGUUCUCCGAGCGAGGGAUUUGCAAUCAUUGGUAUUGGGUGUCGCCUGCCUGGUGGCAUAGAGAGCCCAUCCCAGCUGUGGGAGUUCCUCAAGCAAGAACGUUGUGCAGCUGGGCCGAUACCAGCCUCACGCUUCAACAAUGACGCCUAUACCGGGGGCAAAGAUGAGCCUGCCACCGCGGUGGGGCCAGGGGGAUACCUCCUGACAGAAGACAUUCGUCAAUUUGACAACCAGUUCUUCGGUAUCAAUAAUCGGGAAGCGGCCGAUAUGGACCCCCAGCAACGAAAACUCCUCGAGGUAGUCUUUGAGUGCUUUGAAAGUGCAGGAUACUCGUGGGGUCAAGUUUCCGGGGCGCAAGUCGGAUGUUACGUCGCCAAUUUCUUGCAAGACUACGCUUCCCUGCAGACCAAGGAUAUAGAAUGGCUCACUCGCUACUCCGGGGUGGGAAUGGGAACAUCGAUUCUCGCCAAUCGAAUUAGCCAUGUUUUCAAUCUCAAGGGCCCCAGUUGUACCAUUGAUACUGCUUGUUCCGCCUCGAUUUACGCAUUACACCAGGCGGUCUCGGCCCUGAGAAAUCGCGAUUGUGACUCCGCUGUGGUCGCCGGUGUGAAUCUCCUCCAAUCCCCCGAUGCUCACGUCUAUGCAUCACAGGCCGGGGUGAUUUCACCUACUUCGGUGUGUCACACGUUUGAUGCCUCUGCAGAUGAUGGAGUAAAUGCUCUAUACAUCAAGCGCUUGGACGAUGCGAUCCGCGACGGGGAUCCGAUCCGAAGCAUCAUCCGCGGCACCGCUACCAAUAGUAACGGCCGCACCCCUGGAAUUACCCAACCAAGCAUUGACGGCCAAAUUUCCGUGGUGCGAAAGGCUUACGAUCAAGCGGGCUUAAGUCCUUCCGACACAGCCUAUGUAGAAAUGCAUGGGACUGGUACGGCUGAAUCUCAAUCAAUUACUCGAGUGUUUUGUGAAGAGCAGCCUCGUGGCUCUCCACUGCUGGUGGGCGGCGUGAAGCCAAAUCUCGGUCACGGAGAGGCUUCCAGUGGCUUGACGAGCAUCAUCAAAGCGACACUCGCCCUCGAACGGAGCGAGCUGCCUGCAACCAUUGGGAUAGUGAACCUGAAUCCCAAGCUCCAGCUGGAGAAAAAGGGCAUUCAGAUCGUGCAGAAAGCAACUCCAAUUCCCAAGCCAGUCUCGGGACUCGGUCGCCGCAUCAGUGUCAAUGCCUUUGGGUAUGGCGGAGCCAAUGCGCACGCAAUCAUUGAAGAAGCUGGCUCAACGGAACCCGGCCAUAAUUACUACCAUUCUCCGCCAACGACAGCUACUCCCAGCGUCACCGCGGAUCUCGCCUACACCUUGGGGGAGCGUCGCUCUCAUCUGAAAGCGCGUGGGUUUGUGAUUGCACGUCCCGAGACCCUCGGCCAAGAUCUGAUCGUCAGCAAUCUUCGACGAGCCACUGCGACGGAGGAGCCCGCUUUGGCUGCCAGUCGCAAAUUUGCAUUCGUCUUCACCGGUCAAGGGGCUCAAUGGCAAGGCAUGGCGGAAGAGUUACUGCAGGUUCCGGUAUUUGCCAACGCGAUCUCCCAAAUGGACGACGCGCUAGCAGGUCUCCCCCAUCCACCAUCCUGGAAAAUCUCGACCAUGUUGAAGGAUAAGUCGGUCGAUUCCUCCGUGAAUCAAGCGGCGUAUGCGCAGCCUAUGACCACUGCGGUGCAGAUUGCGCUCGUGGACCUUCUCCGGGUAUUGCGCAUUCCAACCGAUGGUGUCAUUGGCCAUUCUUCUGGUGAGGUGGCGGCGGCCUACGCAGCCAAUAUGAUCGAUAUGCGUGAAGCAAUUAUCCUCGCAUACUAUCGCGGACUUGCCGUAGCCCAAUGCGCUCCGCUGGGAGCGAUGGCGGCAGUGGGACUUACCUCUGAGAAAGCUGAAGAGUGGAUUCAAAAGUGCGCGGGCAACAGCCAGGUGCGAGUGGCUUGUAUCAAUUCUCCGGAUAAUGUGACCAUCAGCGGCGACGGUGAUGGUGUAGAUGCUCUCGUGUCCUCUCUGACCGCGACGGGGAUCUUUGCACGAAAACUGAAAACCGGUGACAGAGCAUAUCAUUCGCAUCAAAUGGAGGUGGUCGGUCCCACGUAUGAGAGUCUACUUCAAGAGGCCAACAUCUUCCCCGACGCUUCAGCGGAGGGAGAUACGGUCGAGAAAGAAGCUUCAUGCAUGAUGUCCACAGUCGUUCGCCGGACGGUUAGCAAGUCGGAUGUUCGCACGACAACUUACUGGCGGCGAAACCUGGAAUCUCCAGUACACUUUUCCGAUGGUCUACUCAGUCUUGCUGACUCGCUGAAAGCCUUUUACCUGGUCGAGGUUGGCCCACAUACGGCACUGAAGCUGCCCAUCUUACAGACCUUGGGCAAAUCCACUCGGUAUCUCGGAACCCUCAAGCGUGGCCAGGACUCCCUGAGCUCCCUGCUGGAGCUUGUUGGCGAUCUCUUCACGAGUGGCUUCCCCGUCGAUUUCCCUCGUUUACAGACUCUUUAUCCCCGUUCAGGUGGCCCACCCAAAUUCCUCCACGACCUUCCCACGUAUCCUUGGCACUACGAGAAGCUCCUCUGGAAUGAGUCUCGUUUGGCCCGCGAGACUCGCGAGCGAAAGUUCCCACGGCAUGAGCUGCUGGGGAGCCCCGUGCCUGGCGGCAGCCUGAUCACACUCGGAUGGCGGAACCGGUUGCAUCUGGAUCAUGUCCCUUGGCUGAGAGACCACAAGCUGGGCAACGAGACCGUAUUUCCCGGAGCCGCUUAUGUGGGCAUGGCUGUGGAAGCGGUCCUACAAGCUCGAGGCGUGGCAAUGAGCCACGACUUGGCCGAUUAUUCUGUCAGCUUUCAGAAUGUGGACCUGCCGAGUGCGCUGCCUAUCGCCGAACAGGAGUUCAUCGAGCUGUACACGGAGCUGGUACCCCGUGAGAUCUCCAACCUGACCCGGUGUCAAGAUUGGUACGAUUUCCAGAUCGUGUCUAUUGCGGUUGAUACGUCCAUUAUUCGCGCCCGUGGCUCUGUCAAAUUAGAGAUGGGAUCAACCAGUCUCGAGCAUUACAAGCUCCCCCAGACGGACUGUCGUCUGAUAUCCAAGAGCAAGCGGAUGUGGUAUGAAAGUAUGCACAAAUGUGGUCUGCGCUAUGGCCCCACCUUUCAGCACAUGCAGGAAAUCCUGACGCCAGAUACCAAGGGGGUUUUAUAUGCCCAGGCCACGGUGCACAGCAUCCAGCCCCGAUUCGAAUCUGCCCAACCGUCGCCGCGAUAUCUGAUUCAUCCGGCCGUUCUGGAUAAUGUUUUACAAGCCACUUUAAUCGCUUCGGCUGGCGGCCAUUUGGAAUCGGUGGCCGCUAAGGUACCAAAAAGCUUCGGUCGUUUAAGUCUCCGAGUCCCUUCAUCUGCUGGGAGUACGGCGACGAUUCGCGCUGUGUCCACCGUGACUGGGUUUGCCACCAACGACACCAAAGCCGCCCUAUUGGACUCGAAUCAGAAUGCCUUGGCGUAUUUUGAGGGGGUGAAGCUCAUCAAAUAUUCCGGCAGUGAUCAAAUGGAGGAAGUUCGACAUCCAUUGUAUCGGUUUGUGUGGAAGCCGGAUGUUGACCACAUUCCUAACGACGCCGCAUUUGCCGCUGCCAUCGAGCAUGUUCGCUCCACAACCGACCUCGGGCGUCUUCCAGAUUCGAGCAGAGACAUCAUGAUGGUGCUGGAUCUGACGGUGCAUAAAGAUCCCAACGCCGAUAUUCUCUUUCUCUCUUCAGAUCUGUCCCUGGCAGCACUGGCUCUAUCAGAGCUCCUCAAGGCACAGACCGUCCACCGCCGCUUCAAUACAUUCCAUUUGGGUCGGUUGGGCCCAGACGGCCAGCUGGAAGUGGCUGCACUUCAGGACUAUGCCUUGCCAUUCGAGGACGCCUUUGCAUCGUUUGUGACCGCGUCCCCGGAUCAAACUUUUGGCCUGGUGAUCUCGGACGAAAAGACAUCCCGUCUCGAGCAGCUGGCUCUCCAUACACACCCAGCGACACGGAUUAUCGAUGCCAGUCACGGUCAGGAAGAGCGUUAUCAAGGUGAAAGAUUCGUCGUUGCCCACGCUUUAUCGAACAUACGGAUCCUGCGUCCAGCACCCAAGGAGAACGACCGCGCUUCCCAGAAAUUUGUCAAUGUUCUUCUGAUCACCCGCACAUCAUGCCACGAAGAUGAUGAUCGUUUGCGGGAUCAUCUCGCUGCCGAUCUGUCUUUACCGGUCGAGAAAUGUCAAUUGACGGAUAUUGGAAACGUCGCUAUCGGCAAGAAUACCCUUGUCGUGUCAACUGUCGAGCGUCAGCACGAUGUGAUGGCACGAGCGACACCAGAGGAAUACGCGGCCAUCCAAAAGAUCCUCGCGAAGCCAGUCAGGAUGGUUUGGGUCAGUGGCUCGGGACUGCAUGAGGGUAGCGAUCCCACCCGGGCAGUCUUCCACGGCCUGGCACGCGCCAUCAUGAUCGAGCAGCCGGCCACAGAGAUCUUCUACCUGGAAAUGGAUCCGCAGGCGAGCCCGGCUGAUAUCUCCUAUUAUGUGGCCCGGAUCAUCGCGCGACCAGAAGGCUGUCCGCCUGACUACGAGUACCUCCAAAGCCAAUCUGGCCUGCUGGUGAGCCGUGGAGUUCCCGACGACCGCAUCAACGAUCACUUCCGCAACAAAGACCAGGGCAUCGCCGUCCAAGAAUCUCUCGGCAGCGCGGGACCGGUGUCCCUGUCCCUGGAAAAGCCUGGUCAGCUCAGUACCGUGCGAUUCAUCAAGACGCCUACGCGGGAUCUGGGACCGGAAGACGUUCUGGUGAAGGUCAGUUGGGUUGGCCUGAAUGCCAAAGAUGUGUAUGCGUUGAGUGGUCGAGUGGAGACACCCGAGGCCACUUGCAGCUUGGAAUGUACAGGAAAGGUUCUGGCCAUUGGAUCCGCCGUUCAUGGCCUCGCCGUCGGUGAUCCUGUCGCGGUGGGAUAUCCGGGCCAUUUCAGUUCUCAUGAAGUGGUUCCCGCGCAUGCAUGCGUGAAACUCCUCCCCCACGAAGACCUCCGCAGCUUUGCGUCCGUUCUUCUGGUCUUCGGAACCGCCCUGUACGCCCUCGAGCAUCGCGCCCAUUUGCAACCUGGCGAGUCCGUCUUGAUCCAUUCGGCGACCGGAGGGGCUGGGAUAGCCGCGAUCCAGAUUGCCAAGUUGAUGGGUGCAGAGAUCUUCGCCACAGUGGGGACCGAGGAAAAGAAGCAGUAUCUAGUCGAACACUUUGGCCUGCAACCCGAUCAUAUCCUGAACUCACGCACUGCUGGUUUUGCAGCUCAGAUCCGCUCAUUAACCGAUGGCCGUGGCGUGGAUGUAGUCUUAAACUCACUCAUCGGUGACCUGCUCUUCGAGAGCUGGGAGUGUUUAGCGGACUUUGGACGGUUUGUGGAACUGGGCAAAAAGGAUAUUACGGAUCAUGGGCGACUGCCCAUGGAUCCUUUCAAGCGAAAUGCCACCUUCACAGCCUUUGAUUUGAGCUCACUGUACCUCGCUCGAUCCCCCGCCAUGCGACGCUGCACCCACGGACUCAACACGCGGAUCAUAGAGCUACUGCGCGAGGGCAAAAUCCAGCCCGUCCAGCCGUUGAAGAGCUUCACCGCAGCAGAGUUGGUCCGCGCAUUCCGCCAUUUCAAUGACCCAGCGCGGAUGGGGAAGAUUGUGAUCUCGUUUGAGGAUCCGGAGCUCAUGAUUCCAGUGGUGCCGGAGCGAUUCGUCACACAACUCCACCCGGACAAGAGUUAUGUGAUGGUCGGAUGCUUAGGAGGAUUGGGCCGCAGUCUUUCGCAGUGGAUGGUCAGUCGUGGUGCCAGAAGCUUCGUCUUUCUGGGGCGUAGCGGGACGAAGAAGCCUGCGGCACGACGUCUGGUGGAAGACCUGGAGCAGCAGGGCGCCCAAUGUAUUGUCAUCCAGGGAGAUGUGACCAAUGCCGAUGAUGUCGAACGGGUAUUUGAAGCCGCUCCAUUCCCCGUGGGGGGUGUCAUUCACGCUGCCAUGGGACUCCACGAGGCGAUCUUCUCGGAGAUGACCCACGACUCCUGGCGUGAGGGAACCGCGGCCAAGAUCGAGGGUGCUUGGAACCUGCACAAUGCUCUCACCAAGUCAGACCGAGAAUGUCAGUUAGACUUCUUCAUCAUGACCAGUUCGAUCAACGGAAAGAUCGGAACCGCCACCGAAAGCAACUACUGCGCCGCGAACAAUUUCUUGGACGUCUUUGCCCGUUACCGUCGCACGCUGGGUCGCCCGGCCAUUGCACUGGGCCUGGGCGCCAUCGCAGAGAUCGGCUACCUGCAUGAACACUCGCACAUUGAAGAGUUACUCCUCCGCAAGGGAAUUCGGUUCCUGACGGAGAGCGACGUGCUCCAGAUCUUCGACCUCGCGCUCUCCAAGCCCCCGACCAUCGCUCACCCCUCGGAUCUCACCACGCAGUCCCUGCUAUUCUCCGGAGUAGAGGUCACCACCCUGCAACGGUACCACGAACAGGGAUUCAAAACCUUCUGGCAUUCCCUGCAUGACGUGCGAUUCGCCGUCCUCAUCAAUACCUUGAAGCGCGCAUCAUCCGGAAACACCGCCGCCGGCGAAGGCGGCAGCAGCAGCACACAUGAAUCCGCGCUUCGCAGUGCCAUCGCGCUCAAGGAUGAAGCGCAGGUCAUCGCCGCGGCGCAGGGAACCAUUACACAGAAGCUGUCCGAUAUGGUCUUGAUCCCGGUCGAGAAGAUUAAUGUCCAGGCGUCGUUGUCGGACUUUGCCAUGGAUAGUAUGCUGGCGUCGGAGCUGCGACAGCAUAUCUUCAGCGUGACUAAGGUAGAUAUCUCUUUCCUUACGCUCAUGGAUCCGAAGACUAGUGUGUUUAGUUUGUGUACGACUAUUGCUUCUGUCUUGCUGAGGGAUCAGAAUAAUUAG